UUAUCCACGUUUGGUCAUUGGUACAGAUACUAACUUUAGACCUCUUCUUGAAUUUGUUGUUUUGUUUUGGGACUUUCUUUCAUCUCCGGUGGAUAUCCGUCUGGUUUCUUUAGAUUACACUAUGUGGCUUCUUCUUGCUGGGUUUGUGCUGCUGGUGUGUGGUGCAGAUGCUGGACCAGUGAUAGAUUUCAAAACAGUUCCUGACUUUGGAAAGAUGUAUCAUGUCAAAGGUGAGCUCUCUCUGCCUCAUUCUGAGAUACAGGAACCAUUUGAAGCUUGGUACGACCUUGAGGGGAACAGAAGCCGAAUCGACUAUCGCAAUGGUACAGUGCACACUUUUCUGAUUGGAAACGACGUGGAUCAUGGUACUAUUUACAAGAUCACACCAGUCACCACAGAGACUGAAAUCCAAGCUAUUAAGUGUUACCAGCUUAAAGGUACCAAGGAGGAUCCAAUACGUCCACAGGCACCACUGCCUGAUCUGCAGGGCUUUGAAUUUGAAAAGAUGGAGAAUCACACUGGCGUUCUGUGUGAGGUUUGGAAAAAAGUCACACAGGCUGGUCACAAGAAGAACACGUAUCGUCUGUGGGUCACACGUCCAGAGGGAAAUGAUUCCCCAGCCACCCCACACCGCUUUGAGAUGGAGGGCUUCAACACUCUUUUGGAGUCAAACAAUGACAAAUACACUAUUGACUACAGUGACUUCAGCCCACACACUGAGGCUGACAUUUUCAUACCACCUUUAGGAAUGACCUGUGAGAAGUUUCCUGAUCCUGUAGAGGAGCAUCAAAUAUUGGCCAACCCCAUUCAAGACUAUGUGAGCACCUCCCCUAUUAGCCACGCCCACCGUCUGUUUGGCCCCUUUAAGGAGAAGUUUAAUCGUCAGUAUGAAAAUGACAAGGAGCACGAGGAGCGUGAGAACUACUUUAUACAUAGUCUUCGGAAUGUACACUCUACGAACAGAGCCGGUCUUACAUACAGUGUCGGUAUCAAUCACUUCUCUGAUAGGUCAAAGGCAGAGCUGGCCAGGAUGACAGGAGGUUUAUUGGUUCCAGUAAAGAAACAUGAUGUUACAAAAUAGUCCUCACACAUUUCUCUGAGUAUGUUUUCAAUGUAUGCAAUAGUUUAAUUGCUUUUUUGGUAGAAAUUUUAAUAGAAAUCUGAUAAGUAAAAAAGGUCAAUUCCUUCUUAUCACAAAUACAGCAUUACCUCUGUUUCAAAAUUGUCUUUUAUAUAAUUUUUUAUUUGAUAAAACAAUGUAUUUGCCUCCUCAAGCGUAUUUUACUAUCAUUUUCAAUGUGUGGUUUGUUCACAAAGUUCUCAUUGUGACAUUAAUUAAACACAAAGCAUGUCAAAUCA